GUGGAAAAGUGGUCAUAGUAUACACCUGUUUGUGAUAGCUCUUAAAUUUUGUUAUAAAAUUCGUGGUUUUAAAGGUAAAUCAAAUAUUUUGUGCAGUGCAUAGUUAAUAUAAGUGUUAAGUGCAUCGGUACAAGUGUUUGCAGCAGUAUUUGUCUUAAAAUAACGUAAGAAACGGAUUUUAAAACUGGGAAUGUGAGUACAAAAACAUUGUAAACAUUCUGUUAUUGGGCUAAUGCUUUAGUUCAUUCCACUACGGUUAAAAAUUUGUUCAAGAAAUUUACAUUAGAUUUUUAAUUUAGUUUAAGAUUGACUUUCUACAUCAUGCCUGAUACAAAAUCAGUGAGUGGGUGCAAAAGAUGUAAGAAAGUAACCACAUCUGGCUUAAAGUGUAUUGUCUGUGGUAUUGUAUCUCAUCCAAGUUGUUUGAAUAGUAUUAAAAAUGCGAAAAAAAUCGAUGAAAACUCCUGUAAUUGUUGUGGUGAAAUUAACGAAUCUGCUUGUGCCAUUGCCGAUAUUUCUACUGAUAAUCUUUUAGAAAAAUUAAAACAUUUUGAAGAGUUAGUAAUUAGUAAAAAUCAAACUAUUCAAUAUCAAGAGAUCGCUAUAAAAUCUUUGCAGGACCAAGUAGGCUUACUUCAAAAAAGCCUCUGUUCUGUUUCAAUACAGUAUCCUAAGAAAAUCUCAACAGCAUCUGAUGCCAGAGAGGAUGAUAAUUCGUUGUCAUCUCAUGAGGUAAACAAGGUAUUUACUCCAAUCAAUACACCUAAUCAGACAUCUCUAAUCACUGCUCAAAAUGCUUCUAGAGCAAUUGAAAAUGCUCAAACGUCUAACAUUUUUAAUAAACUGAUACAUAUAAACAGUGAGUCCGCGUCAAGUUCUAAGAGGGUAGUAUCUACAACACAAAGGGCUUCAAGAAACCUUUUCACAGGCAAUAUGAGUGCAUGUAACAACUUGCAGCUGAAGGCAUCUGUUAAACCGAUAAAUCCUGAUAUGAAACUAUUGCACUCUAUUUAUUGGGAUCCUGAUACAGAUACGGAUGAACUUAUGUUGUUUGCCUUAAUAUCUUAUCUAAAGAAAAAAGAAAUAUUGAGUAACUGUACUAAUCUCAGAGGAACAUCGAUAAAAACAGUUGAAGAUUUGAUAGAAGAAGAUAGAAAAGAGAAAAGGAUAUUGCUGGAGAAUCUUAAAAUAGCGCGAAAUGGAAAUAAGAAAGCCUAUAUAGAGGGAUUAAAACUUUUUAUAGGAGAAGUACCAUAUACUGCCAGCGAAUUGAUAAAUCUGGAACCAGAGUUUAAUUUUUCACCCCCUCCUCAGCAAAAAGCUGCCAGUGAACCAUCAACACCUUCUCCUAAAGAAACUGAAGAUCCAGUUUAUGAAGAGAAACGUAUUACUGAGGAAACUAAAUCUCAGACGGAAACUAAGAAAGGAGAAAAGAAUAAAAUCAAGGAGACCAAACCUAUUAGGGAAUUCCGUUUGAGAUCUGACGGGGCUACUAUACACAGCAAAUCGACAAAAACUGCAUCCGAUUUAAUAAAGAAGCCUGUUAAAAAGUACAAUUAUUGA